AUGAAUUACUGUUGCAUCUCUCGCCGCAGAUUGCGGGCUCACCCAGCUUCUGGGGCCGCGAGUGUCCUCUGUGUCGCGAUUCCCCUACCAGUUACGAUUCUCCUCUAUCUCGUAGCCUUCCUUCGCGUCGCUGACGGUCUCGUCGACUGCUACAACCUAACGAAUCCAAGUGAACCCUCAAACCUCCUCUCGAACCCAAGCUUCGAUACAAGCUGUCUCGACACAGGAUGGCGUCGCAAGAAGCUGAACGCGUCGUGCCAACCAUGGUCGUACUUUUUCCCGUGGCGCGCGUUAGAGCCUGGGGAAGCAUUCUUAAGCGACGAGAUUUCAGCCACCGCAUUUGGCGGCAAAAGUCGCGGAACAUCGCUUGCGCCAGCGGGCGCGACAUUGGCGGAAGCUUUCGCGACAGCAAGCAGGGCGGCGCCGCCUGCUGACGUGUCAAUAGUGAACGGGGUAGCGGGAGUCGCGGACAUCCUACUGGCAGCGGACGGGUCCCGUUUCAUACGGCUGACAUCCGAUUUUUCCGUGUCGUCUAGUGGCGGCGAUGGUGCUUCUAGUAGUACUAGCAAUGGUAGUAGUAACAAUAUUAGCAGCGCGUUGGGCGGCCCAGGCGUGUCGCAAGCGCUGUGCGAACUCAAACCCGCGGCGCCAACGAGCAACGUGUCUCAGCAGCAGCAGUCCCCGCGCCAGCUGUCCCUCUCGUUCUUUGCGCGCGCCAGCCUGUGCGCGGAGGGGGAAGGGGGCGCAGAAGGGGAGGCGGAGCGGCUGUUGAAGGUGCUGCUGCUGGCUGUUCCGCUAAACGAUUCUGCCGCUGCAGGGGGAGGGGCGGGGGGAGGAGGAGGGGGGGAGCAGGUGUGGGGAGAGUGGCGGGUGGGCGUGCCGUGUGGGGGGAGCAGCGCGAGUUUGUCCGGUGCCUUGCCUUGCAUCCACCCGCUCCUCACAGCCGGCUCAGCUCGCCGCAACCGCUCCUCCCUCUCCCUCACCACGCUCUCCGACGUGAAUGCUGCCUCCCUCGCGCUGCACCCCGCCCCCUUCGCCCUGAUCGCCCCUGCCACGCCCACCUCCCCCUGCCGCCCCUUCUCCUUCUCCACCUCCUUCACCUUCCGCAUCUCCUCCCCCAACGCCGCGGGGCUGGGCGGCGAGGGCUUGGCGUUUGUGAUGCUGCCGACGCCCACGCUCGGCCUGCCGGGACCCUCCCUGGGCUACGGCCGCCUGCUGCUUCCGCCGGGGAGCACGACUAGUGUCAUCAGUGCGGCAGUGUCAUCUCAGCAGCACAGGAGCCUGGCAGUGGAGUUUGACACAUCAGCCUCCCCAGAGUUUUUCGACCGGCAGGAGCACCACGUGGGGGUGAACCUGGAUGGCAGCAUGCUCUCGCUCGCCUCUGCCCCCGUGCACCCCGUUGGCAUCCCCUCCCUCAACGCCGGUCAGACCCUCCUCGCCACCAUUCAGUACAACGCCUCCUCCUCCCAGCUCACCCUUUGGCUCUCCCCUGCCCCCUCCUCUUUCCCUCCCCGCUCGUCAUCUCGCUCCCCCCCUCGCUCCUCGUUGUCCUCCUCCUCCCCUCCGCUUCCCCGCUCUGCCGUUCUCACCACCUUCCUGGACACAUGCGAUUGGCUCGGUGGGAACGACCCAGAUGCAGCAGCAGCAGCAGCAGCAGCGCCCCCCCCGCAGCUGUUUGUGGGCUUCACUGCAGCCACGGGCAAGGGGGCGGAGCAGGCGCAGGCGCACGAGGUGCUGGGGUGGAGUUUCGAAGUCGGUGAAGCGGAGGAUCCGCUUCCGUUUUGGGCGGCAGACUCGUUCUCCUUUCCCUACAUCACGCCAGCCACUCCCCUGCUGACACGUGGCAGCACAAGGAAGCGUUUCUUCGCCGCCGACCUCUCUGUCGCUGCUGACAUGGCAUCCACCAGCCAAUCAGACGAUCCUGCCCCGGGAGCCUUGUUCUUCCCUCGCCCUCUCCCCCUCCUCUACCCCUCCUCCUCCCCUCCCUUCCCUCCUCCUUCCUUUCCUCUUCCUCGCAGCUCCCCCAGCUCCUCUCCUUCCUCCCCUCUUCAACCCUCAGCCACCGAACCUCCCACCGAGCCUCCCGUCUGCAUGGCCCGCUCGUUCACCUUCACAUACGGCUUUUCCAUUAAUGUAUCCGCCGCUGCUCUCCCUCCCCCCCCUGGCCGCCUGCCUUCCCCCGUCACCGUCUUCUCCUGGACCUUCAGAUUCACCGACACAGACCCCUGCAAGGGUUCUCCAGUGCUGCCCUGUGGAACGGGCGUGUGCAGCAAGGCGCCUGCUCCGUGGGACCCCUCUAUCCUCGUGCCCUCCUGCAAGUGCCCCUUCAAUCUCCCCUCCUUUGAACCAUCUCACCUCUCCGGCCUGCCCUCCUGCUUCCCCGAUUCCUUCAGGUGUCGCUAUCUCCCCCGCAACCCGUGUGCCCCGGGGGUGUGUAUCAAUGACGUAGACGGCACCUACUCCUGCCUCUGCCCCUCGCCCUUCUUCGCCUUCUACUUCUAUGCGAAAGGCUCUGCCCGCUGUAACCAGUUGCGAUUGUUUGAGCUGCGAGUGCCCACCUUCCUGUCGCCCUACGGCCUCACAUGCCCUCUCAUCCUCAACACUUACGGGCUCACCCAAGCGGCCUUCUUCAGCCAAAACAAGGGAUUCCAGUGCCGAGCGCCCAUCCCUUCAGACACUCUAAUCAACGUCACCAGCCGGGCUUUCUCCCAAUGCACUUCCAUGUACACUGCUAACUAUGGUGACACAUGUGACUCCCUCAACGCCCUCUUCUCCACUCGCAUUCAGCCGCUCAACCCCGCCCUCAGCUGCUCUGAUGGGCCCCGGCCCGGCCAGCUCCUCUGUGUAGGCUUCAACCGGACGUGGCUAGACUUGGAAAAAACCCGCGUGGCAUGCCAAGUCUCUGUCCAACUCACCCCAGCCAUCACCACAACCCCAGCCACGCCACCUCCAAGCCCUCAACCACCCGCUCUGCUAGUCGACUACAUAUACCAGGGCGCGCUCGUGAAGGUGCUCCAGGGCCCGCAGUCCUGCCAGCAGCUGUGGCGGGCGUUUGGCAUCGCCUCCCCCACGCGCUUCUUUCAGAUGAACCCCGGGCUCUCGUGCGACUCCUUGCUGCCGUACAGCCCCCUGCGGGGGAAUGUUAUGAGUAGGGUUUGUGUGGCUGCUGUUGACGCCCGGCCACUCUCCGGCAUUUCAUGUUCGACCAAGAGAACGUACAGUGUGAAGCGCGGAGACACAUGUGGCAUGUUGAUAGUUAAGAAGUACCGCCGCAGUACUGACAAGUUUAUGGAGCUUAACAAUGGAUAUGACUGUACUGUAAGUAGGUUGUGGAUUGGCAUGUUGCUUUGUUUACCUGUAUAA